GUUAACAUACCUGGCAAACAUAUUCGCCUUAAAAGUUUUGCAAAGAAUAUCAACGUCAAUAAUCUGUGAGAUGUAAGUAGAAAAUGUCAAAAAGAAAAAACGCGUUUAGCAAAUAUUGCGUGGGGAAAGGUUUCUUCCAAUACGGCUUUCUGUAUUUUGUUAAACGCGAUAUUUAACUCAUUAAUAAUUACAAAAGAAAACAACAAAGUCAAUUUAAAGUAAAAUGACUCUAUAUAUGAAUUAGUGGAUUGAUUUAUUUAUAACAAAAUCCGAACAAAAGUACCCAAAGAAAAAUAAAACAUACAAAAUUCAAAAUGGCUGCCAUGCUAUGUCACAAAUAAAAAAUUUCUGUACAGUGUGAAGCGUCGACGAAGAAAGAAAAAUUUGUAUUCGCCGUAAAUUUUACCUGUUUUUGCAUUUUAAAACAAUAAAAUUUAUUUUAUUACAAACAAAUAAACAAAUUCAAAUGUGUACUGUAAACAAAAAGUGUAAAUAAAAAGGAAACCUAUGAAACCAAGAAUGUUUUGAAUGAAAACGAAAAAUGAGUGAUUGUAGUUUUAAUUAGGAUUGUGCAAACGAAGUAAAAUUGCAUUAAUUAUAUGUGAAAAAAAAUAUAUAUGUAUGUAUAUGCAUAUAUAUAUAUUUAUAUAUAAAUAAAUAACAUAGUUAUAAUAAGUUAAUGUUAGUAUUAAUAUAAUAGAUUAUUAUAAAAGAAAAAUUUUUUAAAAAUUAUGUCAAAUUACAAAUUUGGAAAAUUGAGCGCAUUUAAUAUGAAAUGAUUUUUGGACUGGUCUUCACAUUUUAUUUUGGGUUUAUACCUAUUUAGAUAAUUGUGUUGUUGUCUUUCAAAAACACUUUACAAAAUUAUAAUUAAUGUGUCAAAAAAUGUUUUUUCCGUCAAAAAAAUUAUAAUAAAACAAAUUUGAUAUAUUAUUAAAACUAAAGAACGAGCAUUUUUUUUAACAUCUAAACAUGAGUUCAGCCAUGGAGUUAGAAGAGCUAGAAAAUCUUAGCAAAAGUGACUUUUUACCACUUAUACCGCUUAUCAAGCAGGAACAAAUUGACACUGUUAUGCCAGAAGCUAAUGCACAAGAGCAGUUGUCAACAACUGGGAGUGGUGCAACGGCAUUAACAUCAUCCUCCAUUGGUAAUCCUUGUGAUAGUGCAGAAAAGCGGACUGAAUCUACAUCGUCCGUCUCAAAAUUUGCACUUCACAAAUGCGUUUGGUGCUCACAAACACUAAAUAUAAAUGAUCGUCCAAAACUGUUGGAAUGUUUACAUGUUGCGUGUUCACAAUGUGUGAGCACAAAAUUUUCAGAAUUGGAUCGUACUUUACCUCCAUUAAUACAUUGUCCAAUGUGCAAUAUGGCAUCGCAGAAUGAGUUCAUUGUGGACAAUCAAUUUUUAAUUGAGCAGUGCACAGCCAAUGGUGAGAACAAUGGAGAUGGAAGCUCUACUUCUGAUGCUAAAGCAUCAGUGACUGCUAGUAUACAGUGCAGCAGUUGUUCAGACAAUGCUGUAGCUACAUCGUGGUGUGUAGACUGCUCGGAAUAUAUAUGCGAUAGUUGUGUACAAGCCCAUCAGCGUCUUAAAAUAACUAAGGAUCAUACUAUUAAACCAAAGGAAGAAGCAAAUAAUGAACAAUUGCCAGGAGCUGCAGGCGUAGAUAAACUUCAUUUAUGCAAUUUACAUCCACAGGAAAAACUAUCAUUGUUUUGCGAAACUUGCGAUAAACUAACCUGUCGUGACUGUCAACUCAGUGAUCAUCGUGAUCACAAAUAUAAAUUUGCACAUGAAAUUGCUACAGAAACGCGUCACGCGUUAUCAACUCUUGUUUCAGAAAUAAACUAUAAAAGAUUCCUACUUUCAUCAGCUACUAAGGUGAUUGAUGAUCGGCAACAACUUAUAUCGGAUAAGAAAAAAGAUUUGAUCAAAGAAAUUACCGCAAUGGUGGUUAAAAUAACUAACACUGUGAAUCAUCGUGGUAAACAAUUGGUUAUGCGCUUAAAUGAAGUUUGUGACAGCAAAAUGAAAGUUUUAAUUGAAAAGAAAGACGCAUUGCAGUUACUUUCUGAUAAUACUGAUCAUUGUAUAGAGUUUAUGUCGAACGCAUUAGAUAAAGGUAGUGAUUAUGCUAUUUUAUCAAGUAAAAAGUCUUUAGUUCGACAUCUACAAAAGCUAAAAUGUCAACGUGCUGAUAUACCAAAUCCAGAAAUUCCAGUACGUAUACAAGUGCAGUUAAAUCAGGCUGCAGAAUUACAGAAAGUUAUAUCACAACUUGGAACCGUCAUAGUGGAUGGCAAACCAUAUCCGCCAACACAGUCACCAAAUGGUCCACCACGACAACAACCUAGCCCUAAUAUGGCACCACCAUUACGACCAGGUUUGCCACCUGGUAUGUCACCUACUGGUCCACCAGGAACAUUUGUUCCCCAAAAUGGUCCACCAAUUUACAAUAAUGGCACACAACAAUUCAAUAACAUGCAAAUAAAUCGAACAUUUCCUGGUGACGGACCAGGUAAAGUUCGUUUUGCUGGUGGAUUACCAGUUGGUAUGCAGCGGCAAGGACAACCACAUGUUAGUUCCUCUACUCAUCCACAGAAUAUGGAUAUAAGCCUUCGUGGCUUAUUAAAUAAUCAAGCAGCUCAAAGUCCAAAUCAACCACAUAUGUCUUUUAAUGGCCCACCAAAUUAUCCAGGAGGUCCACAAGGUGCUCCGUCGCCGCAUCAGCAAAUGGGUCCGCAAAUGCGACCGCAUUUUAUGGGCGGUCCACCGGGACAACAACAUCAGAAUUUUACCCAAAAUCCGCCAGGUGGACCGAACAACCCAAAUUUUUUAAAUAACAAUCCUCGUUUUCCAAAUUAUCAACGAAUGUCUACCCACGCUCAGCAACAGGCAGCAGUAGCUGCUAUGACAUCAAGCGGAGCCGGUCCAGGAGGACCAUGUGGCGGCCAAAUUCCUUCACCUGGGGCCAUGCAGAGACCUCAAAUAAUGAAUAAUCCGAUGCAGAAUAAUUUGGGGUUUCAUGGAAGCCAGUCAGUUUUCAGUCCCGGCCCACCAACAUCAUCCCCUCAAUUAGGCGGCAGUAUCAGUAGUAUGCAUACCGGGGCAAAGUGGCAUAUACCACAAUCAGCUCAGCAAAUAAAUGCAUGUCCCCAGCAAGGACCAAUGAUGCAGUUUGCGAAUGGUCGUCAAAAUGAAAAUUUUAAAAUCUCUCUAAAAUCUCCUAUUACUUUGAAAAAUUCUACUACCCCAAACGGUAACGCCGCAGGGAAUGCCUCACAAAGCAAUAAUUCAUCAACAUCCUCAUCUACACCAAUAAACGCUGCAUCAUUGGGACUUGGUCCAGCAGUUUCCAUUUUGCCGAAUGUAACGUCAACAAAUCCUAAAACACCGAGUCCUAGUACUAAUGAGAAUUCAAAAGAUUUUACUGAACCAAUUGAUAAAGUACGGGAUGACUCAAUUAAUGAUCUAAUGGCUACUAUAGCAAAGCUAGAUUCAAACGGAGUACAAGUACUACCUGAAGGACGUACAAAAACAACUUCUCCACAAGUACAUAGUUCAACAGAUUUAUCAAAUACUCAAGAAGUUAAUAAUAAAAAUGAUCAAAAAGACGAUCCAAACGAGGAUUGGUGUGCAGUAUGUCUGGAUGGUGGGGAGUUAAUGUGCUGUGACAAAUGUCCCAAAGUAUUUCAUCAAAAUUGUCAUAUACCCGCAAUUAUUUCACUACCAGAUGAAAGUGAGAGCUGGCAGUGUCUUUUAUGUGUUAACCUAAAGGACCUCGCUAAUGCAGAGAAUACACAAAAAUCAGGUGGAUUAAGCCGUUUGGAGCUACAAAUACUACAACGUAUAUGCCUUGAAUUAUAUUGCCAAUAUGAACAAAGCUUACAAUUUCGGGAACCGGAAACACCAGCAAAUGCAGCUUAUUACGAAGUUAUUUGCAAUCCAAUGUCUUUGGAUGUGGUUCGAACAAGAUUGGAUCCCAGCAGUCCUAAUCAUUACAAGGAAUGUUCAGCCUUUAUAGCAGAUGUGCGCUUAAUAUUCAAAAAUACGUUUCUUUUCUAUCAAGAGGAUUCAAAAACCUACAGAAAUGCAAAAUAUCUGGAAAAUUUUUUUGAAGAACAGUUAUCUAAAUGGCUGCCAAAUUUCGCAUUAAAAACACAUAAAAACUCUCAUUCAGCAUCCUCGUCUCCAAGCCUUAUAAGUAUAAGCCCAGGAUUGAUAGGAUCACCAGCAUCGGGUACUUCGGUUGAGAAUGGAAGAAAAAGCUGCAGCGCAGCACUACUAGGCAGUAAAAAUAGCUCAGACGAUAGUGGAGAUGGAUGCAAUCCUCCAAAAAGAGUACGAAAACACACAGAAUAGGACAAAGCUCAAUUAUCGAAAAUGCUAAUGCUAAUUCAGAACAUAUCCGACUCUUUCAUUAUAAUUUUUUAAUCAUUUGAAUAUUUUUUAAUUGUAGAAAUAAUGUGUGUAUGAUCUAAUCUACGAUUUUAAUUUAUUUUUAUUUACAUUUAAAUAUAUCAAAUAGUUUUGAAUAAUUAAAUUUAAAUAUAUAUAUAAGAUUACAUUAUAUUAUAGUUGUAGGCAUAUCUACAUAUUGAAUUAUUUUAAAAGGAUUUCAAUUUAAUAACGAAUUUUUUUUUUGUUCCAUGAAGAAAAAGUUGAAUUGUUUAAUUUAAUUUUUUCAAAUACCAUACAAUUCCAAUCGUUGUCUUCACAAAAAAAAGAAAAUAAGAACAACAAGGAAGAAAAAAAAGAUAAACAGAACAAUGUAUAUGGCAUUAACAUAAAAUCUUCCUUUUCAUAGAAA